CUGUUUGCCCUCCCAGCUGUAAGCAGUGCAGGAAAGAUUGAAUAAACUUCAAGAGAAUCAGAUACUUGUCCCAUUGAUGCAAGGAGAAGUUAAUCUUACGCUGCUUUCAUUUGCUUCAGUGUCUGGAUUUGAAGUAUAUUUUCUAUUAAAAAACCCUGACAUUUUCCAAAGAAAACGGAGUGUGGAAUUGGAUUUAGAAAUAUGCCCUUUUAUGACCUAUCAGUGUGGAGGCAAUAUCUACUUUCCUUCAGGACACAGAGCACAAAUACAGAAGAUGAAAAUGAAGACACCACAGCUCAGCUGUUUUUCAAGGUAAGAAAAAGUUUGAAAUAAUGAAGAGAGAGGGGCAAUGAGUUAAAUUAAUGCUGUUGCAUCACUAAUGCUUGGUUCAGAGAGAGGUGGCAAUGUCUACAAUGUGAUUUCUCCUAUAUGUGAUAACAGCAAUAAAAAGAUUGCUGCAAAAUCAUAAUGUAUAGUUAGGGCCCUGUUCAGGUCUUUCACCAGCAUGGAAAAUGAGUCCAGUAGUGCCUUUUAAAACUUGAUUUUUUUACUUCUUGGUGGUCUCAUUUUAGCUCCAUGUCAGUCCUUACAGAAGCACUGAGUUUACUGUUAAAGGGAGUAAUGCAUGUGCUCUCAAUUGAUUCCUAGAUCAAACACAAGAAUUUUAUUUUGCCAUGAGUUUAGGAAGCUGCUGCUGUGUCAGUUUCUCCACCUAUGAAGUCAUGAUAAAAAAUUUAAAAGCUGCAGUGCUUAAGAAAGAGAAGUAGUGCUGUAAAUUGCAAACACUGUAGCAUUCUUCACCACUUUCCUGUUUCUAUAUUUAAUUCCUCCCUUCUCCCAGCCAGUUAUCUGCUAAGCAUCUCUCUGAGUCCUGCACUACAGGUGCAUUGCUCAUUCAGGAGAUCAUCCACAACCAUUCAAGGAACCAUUCUUUUGUCAAAUCUCAGCAUCCAUCUGGAAACUUUUUUUUGCAAAAACCACAGUGGCAGACCUGUUCACAAAAAUCAGACAGCAAGCCCACAACACAGCCUUUGUGUGACACCAGGCGCGCCUUGAGUCACUGACUCUCCUUUCCAAUCAAGAGCCCUUAUAUGUCACCAAUUCCUAAGGACUUCACCUUUCGUUUUUAAAGUGCACAUUUCUAGUCCUCAUUGCUACAGAAAGGAAUUCAAUAAUUUUAAGAAGUGGUACUGCUGGAGUGGAGAGUCAUUUUGAUGGGGUUUUCCAGUGGCCAAAAGUGAGGACUUCUAUACUCUAUGCACACACACCCUGCCUCUAGAAAGCAACCCCACUCCUCUCUAUAAAACUGCCCUAGAAUCAUAGAAUCAUAGAGUUGGAAGAGACCACAAGGGCAAUUGAGUCCAACCCCCUGCCAAGCAGGAAACACCAUCAGAGCACUCCUGACAUAUGGUUGUCAAGCCUCUGCUUAAAGACCUCCAAAGAAGGAGACUCCACCACACUCCUUGGCAGCAAAUCCCACUGUCAAACAGCUCUUACUGUCAGGAAGUUCUUCCUAAUGUUUAGGUGGAAUCUUCUUAAAAGGAAUCCCUCCAACCUUUUCCUCUGACAUUCUUGAUUUUACCAAAGAGAGAACUAUAUUCAAAGAAGCUAAUUUGCCACAUUUAAAUCAAUCAAUCCAGUUGAAUUAUUUUGUUUUAUGGGUGCAGAAGAGGUGGGGCAAGGAAGUAGUGCAGAAUGUUUGGGCUGUAGUGAUGUUCCGGCAGUAAUUCUCUGUCCAUGUAAACAUUCACUGCCCUUGCUUCACCUUAUAACCUACUUCCUUCCUUCCGCUUUGGGACACUCUAAGCCUGUAUCAGAUCCUGAAGCCUCUUCCUGUUGCUUUCUAAUAUUUCCACAGGACAUUAACUGCCUAUUGUCCACUUGACAGUCUAGGUUUCAAAUCCUAACAAGACUCCUGGACUUGGAUUCUAGCAGCCUGAAAUUGUUUUUGCUUCUAGUUUAUUUUACUUAAUCCUAACCUCGUUCUUGGCUAUCCGACACUGACUUUACUUUAUUAGUUUCUAGGUUAAUCCUCUCUGGUACUGACCCCUUGGCCAGGUUCCUAUUGGACUUAUUCUCCCUUCCCCAGACUCCAUUUCCCUUUUUCUUCUCCAUCUUAGUAUUUUACCCACAGAGUUAGAGUAGCUGGAUCAAUAGCUUUAAAUCCCUACGUAAACAGAAGGAUUUUUAUCCUUUCAUUAGGUAAAUUUACAUAUACUGUAUGCUUAUUCACAUUUCCACAAUCUAAAUUGCUAAAGAAAUAUUUUAAGCCUUACUAGGUGACAUUUAAAGACCUUUUAAAAUAUUCAUCAUGAGACUUAGUUUAGCUCUUUGAGUCGGUUACAUCUAGCUUUUAUUUGCAAAUGCUGGUGAGGUUAAAAUAGGUCAGUUAAAAUAGCUUUGUUGCUUUGUUUGGCCUAAUUCAUACUAAGCAGAGAUUACUAUCACAGUCUAUGAAAGAACAAUCCAGUAUUAUUUUGGCAUUUCUGUUUUGCAUUUAUUAUAUGCCAGGAUAUAGUUUGGGGAAUAAAUACCACACACUUCCAUUUUUUUCUGUUUAUAAUUUUACAGUGUAAGUGACUUCUUGUAGCAUUUUCCUUUUCUCUUCUGAAUUUACUUUAAGUGAGAUUGAAAGCAGAAUUUGAUAAUUUUCUCUAUAGAUAAUUGAUGAAUGCCUUGAAUAUGAUAUUGUGCAUAUUGUGCAGGUGUUUUGCUGUUACAUUAUUAUUUGUACAGUAGUGCAUAUUCUAUCUUGCUAUAACAGGUUCACUCAAGGCAGCCCACUGUCAUUAACUGUGGCCCUAGAAUACAGACUCUGAAUCAACCCUUUAAUCCUUGCCCAAGGUUCCUGGUUUUGCCUUAGGCUAUGUGCACAUUGCCAUUCAGUGCAUUACCACUGCUGGUGUUUGAAGCAAAGUACUUUACAUAUGACAUUAGCAACAAUUCAUAUGUGGCUUCUACUACUGUUUGAUGUGUUCGCCCUCAGGCCAGCUUCCAUAUCAUUUGAAGACAUAAGCCAUGGUUUAUCUGAGAUGUGUACAUUGCAGACAGGCUAAUAAUGGUGCUUCACCCUGUGCUGCCCAUGUCUUCCCCACAACUCUGCCCCACCCCCAUUUCAACUAUUCCCUCAGUGUAGCUUUGCUACAAAUACACCUAGUGUAUCUGGCACAUGUUACCACCAUAUUAUUGCUAUUAUUAACUUGCCCUUCAACCUAAGGUCCCAGAGUGGAUUACAACAAUUAAAUCACAAUAUUUAAACAGUUUGAACAUAUCUGUCAAAAUGGCAAUAGAGCUGGCACUCCAGCAUAAUAUUCUAUAACCUCUUUGGCAGCUGAACUUCACAUUAGAUUGUGUCCUGAAUCACUUUUGACUCUCCUCUGUAUUCAGCAUAGCUGUCAACGUUUCCCUUUUCUUGUGAGGAAUCCUAUUCAGAAUAAGGGAAUUUCCCUUAAACAAAGGGGAAAGUUGACAGCUAUGGUAUUCAGCAAUGCAUCAGUAAUAUACAAAUUAUCAACAAUAUACAAAUUAUCAACAAUAAACAAAUACAAUCAGCAAAAGAUUAAAAAAAACCAAGUCUACAUAACUGAAUUACAAGUUUGAACAAGUUGGCUGAAAUAAAAACAUUUUAGCUGGGGUCUAAAACAAUAGAAGGACAAUUCCUGCUCAGUGUUAAUAGACCAGGAAGUCCAGAGCACAUGUGCUGCUUCACUAAAGAUGGACUCCUCACAGAUACCAAAUGAACAGGGCACUUUAAAAAGUGCUAGCUCUGCAGAUGAAAGCAGUCAAAUAGGGGUAAGAUCAGGCUUCCUAUACCUCAGCCCUCCAGAUGUUUUGGGACUACAAUUCCCAUCAUCCCUGAUCACUGGUCCUGCUAGCUAGGGAUCAUGGGAGUUGUAGGCCAAAAACAACUGGAGGGCCAAGGUUGAGGAAGCCUGGGUAAGAUGAUUCCCCAAGUAUACUGGGCCCAAGCUUCUCAGGCUCUAUAUGCUAAUCAGAAUGCCUUGCAGCAGAUCAGCAGCUGAUGCAGGUCUUUGAGCAGAAGUUUUAAUAUGCUGUCACCAAUCAUGCUGUAGCAUUCUGCACUAACUGCAGCUUCUGCACCAGCCACAAGGGGAGCCCCACAGAGAGUGCAUGGCAGCAUUCCAGUCAUGAAGUUACCAAGGCCUGGACUGCUAUGGUCAAGCUAUCCCAGCCCAGGAAUGUCUGCGGCCAAAGCCGAUGGAAUCUCUUCCUGCAGACCCUCAUUGAAAUAAAUAGAAAUUGCGCAAGUGUUCAGCUGUGGAUUGUCCCUAUUAUUGAGAUCUCUCCCCCCACACUGACUGAGGUUCUGUGUUUCCUGGCAAGGAGAUGCACUGAAGACUGUUCUUACUGAAUGGCUAGUGGUCAUGCGUCUGUUAAGUGUUAAAGGCAGGGGGAAGUGGCAGCCUAAUAGUUUCCAUUUGCCCUAAAUGGAACAUGGCUUCUAAAUAUGGUACAUGAAACAGCUAAAUCUUCCCACUCCUGUUGACAAGAGGAAAUUAGAAGCCAGCAGUUAAGUGUUGGGGGAAAGGCAGCAAGUGGUAAUAAGAGGAUCCCCAAUGGAUCAGACCAACAACCUGUCUAGCCCAGCUUCCUGUUGUCCAUAGUGACCAACCAGAUGUCUAUGGGAACUGGCUUCUCCUUUUCUUAUUCCCCACCAACUGGCAUUCAGAAUGCUGCUUCUGAUUCUGGAGCUUUUGAUGCAUUCAUUUAUUAGUUAAAUGAUUUACAAGCAGGGCUCUCUAUCCCGAUGCUUGUUAUAUGAAAUUUCACUUAUUCAAACAAGAGAAAUUAGUACCCAAACCUCACUAUACACACUGCAGAUUCAGAUAUCCAAACAGCCAGACCUGUGUAAACAAACCAGCAGCUUUAAACAAACCUUCAUUUUUGUGUUUUGCUGGUCUACAGCAGCUGUUUUGCCAGAAACCAUGAGGGGAGAGGGGGAGAGAUCAGACAAAUUAGAGAGCAUUUUUCCUUUCUUUGUUUGCCUUUCACAAGGUUUCAGAGGGUUUUCCUAGUUUUUUCCCAUCAUUUUCAGGUCAAAAUUCCACGGUCAGAAACAGAUUAGAAAUUUCCCUGUAGGAAUCAAGGGGAAUUGUCAACUCAUUAUGCAAAUACUAACCUAACAAACAUGGGACACAGGUGGCGCUGUGGUCUAAACCAUAGAGCCUAGGGCUUGCCGAUCAGAAGGUCGGUGGUUUGAAUCCCCCGACGGGGUGAGCUCCUGUUGUUUGGUCCCAGCUCCUGACCACCUAGAGUUCUAAAGCACAUCAAGUGCAAGUAGAUAAAUAGGUACCGCUCCGGCAGGAAGGUAAACGGCGUUUCCGUGCACUGCUGUGGUUCACCAGAAGCGGCUUAGUCAUGCUGGCCACAUAACCCAGAAGCUGUCUGCGGACAAACGCCAGCUCCCUCGGCCUGUAGAGUGAGAUGAGCACCGUAACCCCAGUCAUCCGCGACUGGACCUAAUGGUCAGGGGUACCUUUACUUUAACCUAACAAACAAUUACCUUAGAAUGUCUUGUGGUUGGAUAGUGGGACCUGCAUGUAUAAGAAGAGGGAGGUCUUCAAGGCCUACUUUAAAACUACCAUAGAAAGGGCCUGUGUAACCUUCAAAAGGAUUGAAUUCCACAAUUGUGGGGCCAGCUCAAAUCCCUUUCACUGGAGUUCAGAUAGUAUGUGUCUGUCAUGACUCGCAGUCAUUGCCAGCCUCAUUUUAAAGAUAUCAGGGUUGGUCAUGUGUCGCCAUAUUCUGCAUCCACAGCAAUGCAGUUUUGCUUGGCUCAGUGUUGUUCCUUGGUAUCGCAGCCAAUCUUUUCUAUUGAAGGUUUCCUUUUGGGACUUUGCAGGAGUUGAUGGGAGGCAGGAGAACAUAAUGUUCCCCUUUGCUUUUAGGGAACAAAUACAAGUAUGUGGACUCCAAUAUAAAGGAAAUUGCCUCUCUCCAUUAUGCGUAUGACAGUAUGGCCAAAUAUAUAUCAUGGUGUUUUUUUCUGCACAGAAUUUAAUUUCCAGUGCUAUAAUCUGUCUAUAUAUCAGACUGCUGACAAUCCCAGCACCUUCAAGAGGGGGGGAGGACUAGGGCACUUCUAGAUUGUCACUAUUUUGGGGUGGAAUUCAGUCACAUCCCAACAAAUUUAGGUUGUGCAAUGAAAGUUGAUUUGGAGCUGUUGCACAACAAACCCACUUCCCCCAAAAUCAGACCUUUUUGAGAUAAAGAAAGUGACAAGAAAAUGCACUGGCAAGGGUGGGUUAAUGCUUGCUUUGAAGCAAUGUCAGCUGCCCUCCACGAAAACACAUCAGAUAAUAGUAGUGGUAGUAGUAGUAGUAGUAAUUUUAUUAUUUAUUCCCCACCCAUCUGGCUGGAUUUCCCCAGCCACUCUGGGCGCCUUACAGCAUAUAAAAAAUGCUAUCUACUAUAUAGUGGGUAGGCAAAUGUUUCCACGUUAAUGCCCAAAUCAGGGUCCAACAAAUCAAGCUGAGGUUGACUCAGAGCAGCCACACUUACAUAUUUAAAAUCUGGAGUUGUAUUGUUUGUACUGAACUAGGAAAAUGUAAGCUUUGAUGUUGCUAAUUUUUAUUUGUUUACCCUACUCUUCAGCCUAUGAAAAAGCUCCUAGAAUGCUUUAGAAUGAUCAGUAAUAACACUUUCCCUACCUUCAUGCCUAUAAUCUAAAAGAAAUGAUGCAAAAGGAAAAGGGAUUGUGAUCUGAGGUUCCCUGGCUGAUGGCAGAGGCCAGAGUAUGUGUAGUACCUCUCCACCAUUUUGAAGAGGUCCCAGUAUCAGCAAAUAUGAGAGAAACCUAACUUGAGAAACCUAUCGUGACCUUCCUCCAUUGUUUAACAUAAUUAUCUGUGGUCUGAGGAACUUCAGACUAACCUUCAGUUCUGCACAGAGGUUAGUGACCCCAGAGGGAGGGCUUCAUGUUUAUUAAGCAUGAAGACUGUAUAGAGCAAGUUCCGACCUAAAGGAAGCAAUUAAUGAGGCUUCACGGAACCAUCCACUUUCCUUUCUGCUGCCUUUCCUUCCUGGCAGCUCACGGCCUUAAACAGUACCACUAAUGAUUUCAAUGGUCCAAUUAGCAAGCUGUUCUUUCCUAGCAUAUCACUUUGAGCUUGACCCUAAGCAAGAAGCAAAUAACAUCUGUCUUGGUUGAGAUCAAGCUCCUUGAGGGAUUUUGUAUGGAUUAGCUUGGCUGCCUCCCCAGCACAAAGAUCAAUAUGUGAGUCAGCCAUGUGCCUGAAUACCAGCAGUGUUUUUUGAGACUCAACUUUUAAUCUGCUUGCUGGGUUAUUAGAAUCUAUAUAGGAGGCAGCUGUAACAGACUCUCCUACAGCCAUUCCACCCAGAGACCUCAGCAGAGUGCUCAAAUGUUUUACAGAGACAGUGCUCUAUCUGACUGUCAGAGAACAAUCUUCUAUGUGAAGAGUUGCACAGUUUAAGAAAAAAUGCCCAUAAGCAGGGAGAGCAGAAUCUUUGAAGUUGCCUUUCAAUAGUUAGCACCUGGGCAAGCAGAUGGAGCAGGCACACAGGUUACCUGAUCACACCCAGAGCUUACCCACACUUCCUCUCAUCCCUGCUGCUUUCCCUUGGGGAAAACUGCUCUUUAGUGCUCAAUUGGAGCAAACAGCAAUUCAAACUUUCUCCAGAUUGACAUUUGCUCUGAUUUAGCACUAAAGAGCGAGUUUUCCCCAGGAAAGGACCGGGGCAACAGGAAAACUACUUGGACCCAUGCUUUCUAUGCACCAGACAAGCAGAAGUGUGGACAAGCCCUCACAGUCUUCUCCCCAAUGAUGAAGUGGAUUGUUAAAUUUCAGCAAUGAUUUCUCAAUCUGCAGCUAUGCGUGUCAGGUAGCACCUACAAAUUUAUGCAAAUAUGUAGCCUCAUCUUUUUGUGAUAUGCAAGUGGCUGCCCUAAAUAAAACCCAUAUAAUCUUGUGAUUAAUUUUAAGCAGUACUGUUUUUUCUAGAAAAAUAGGUGCUGGAAUUCAACAUGAACACCUCCCUCAUUCUCUUAGAAUAGCGAUGGCACCCACCUGAGAGAUGCCAGAACUGAGUUCUAGCUGUAAAAAAAAAAAAAAGCCCUGAUUUUAGGUGACCAGCAGUUAGGGUUUAGCCAUAUCAUCAAGUUUCCUUCGUGCUUCUCUUAUAGGGAUUCAUUUUUGCCCUAUAAGAAUGCACACUAUAGCCAAUCACCAGAGCUUCCCCUUUCGCUACAACAACACACUGCAGAAAUACGUCCCAUCAAGUACUGCCCACUAGUUUGGACAGGUCAAGAAGCAUCAAGAUAGAUAUUGGGGGAAUACAAUUGAAAGUGCCCGUGCAUUGACGAAAGCGCACACAGAAAAAACUUGUUGCCGUAUGCACUGAUACAGCAUCUGUGGGACUUAGUUCUAAGUAAAUGUAUUUAUGUUUGAAAUACAGGUGCUCAAAAGCAGGGAGGGGACUAUUCGUGUUUUCAGGCGUAAGGCUCAAAGCAGUUCUUACUCUAGUCAGUUUGGAGUAUAAAUGUUCCAUUAGCUGGAAUGCUGAUUUGUAUUGCAAAUUGCUCCCUUCUGAUCCUCUUUCACUUAUGAAUAUGAUCAGGUGCUCACACAGAUGACUUGAGAAGUCCCAAAGGCAGUAUAAACCCUGCAUAUGAAAGUGCUCCAGGACAGGAAACAUUUCUGCUAUAGUCUUUGUCAUAAUGAUUCUGCUUACUUUGACUAUGCCUACAGUGACACCUGCUGGAGGAUUUUAAUUCAGUAAUGCAAAAUUUCACAUUGAUUUGGAAAAAUCUUACCCCAACCAGUGUGACCAAAGGACCAGAUUGAUAUGUGCUGCACACAUGGUGUUUUUAGGGCUGUAAGGAGUGGCAGGUUCAAGGGGGAAACCAUAGCUCAAUGGUAGAGCAUCUGCUAAAAUGAAGGGGAAAUGCCAUUUUAUCAGCACCUUCAGCGGAAACCAUUUCUCUCUCCCAAUGCUGCUCUUUGAAGCCCUGAAAACUGGAUGUUCAAAGAGCAGCACAGCGCUGCUUGCAAAAGGGUCUUCAAAGUCCUAACCAUUGGGAUUGUCAAAUUUGACCCGACAGAGGUUUUGAGAUAAAGAUCUGGCCCACUGGCCAGGGAAGGUUCCCUGCCCUCCCUUAUUUCAAGAUUUGCCAACUUUUUUUGGCAAAUGUGCCAUGUUACAUUCAAACUAUUGGACAGUGCAUCUCUACUGCACACUAUCUUGAGUUACCAGUUCAAGAUUUUGGGGGGCCCAAGGGAAAGUUGCCCACAGUGGGCACCUCUCUUCCUCACUGCUACCCCCUACUUCCUCAUCUUGCAAAUGCCUGUUCUUAUAUGGUCAGAAUGACACUAUCCAUGUUCAAGAAAAAGCUAUUAACAGGCUUGUGGGAACCCCAAGAUGUGAAGAAUUAGAGAAAUGGUUUAGAGGAAUGAACCAAUGCGAGGUCCAAAAAUGCUGCUGCCUAAUGAGGACUGAGUAUGCUCUGUGGGCAUGAAAUGUUAAUUGACUGUACAGGAGGAAAAAGCGGUAAAUAGGGAGAAGAACAGGGAAUGGAGUAUCCUGAGGGGGGUGUUGCCAGCUGUCUGGAGCCCUGAACUGUGGCAUUCUACACUGCAAAUCCCAGCUGCCAGAAUUGCAAUAGCUACUUCUUCAAUGCACAUACAUUAAGCUCAUAAGGUAUGAGUCCUUUCCCAGAAAUGCUGUUCUUGGCAUUCCUUGUGAUGCUUAAUUUCAGUUUCAAGACAAACUUUUCAGUAGAUGUUUCAACAGCUAUAAAGUAAAUUAAUGGAACAAUACUUUUAAGUCUUUAAUACAACAUCAUUUAGUCAACAGGAUGUUCCAGAAAGACUCAUUUCUCCCUUCCCUAUUUCUCCUUAAGGUUAGUGAUGAGUUUCUCUCCUUCUUUCCUUUUUAGUUAAAAUGAAUAAGGAAUUUCUGACAUGUGAAAAUCUGGUAUGCCUCAGCAACAUGAACUCCAAACAGGCAUUAGUCAUAUGCACAUUAAACUGUACUUUCAGAGGGAAUGAACUGAAAAUUAAAAUGCAUAAGACAAUGUCGUAAUUAGCUACAUGAUAGCUCUGUCUGUUCUGUAAACAGAAUAUUUUCCAGCUUCCAGGAAAUUCAUUCAAACUAAAAGUUGUUUUUGUUGUGGUUAGAAGUGGUAUAAUUGAAUUGCAAACACAGAACCUCAUUCUGGUUGUAAUUUCAAGUGGUACCUUCUAUUUAUUUUUUUUAAGAUGCCCUGCUUUUUAAAAAAAAACACUCCCCCACCUACAAAAUGGCUUAUAUAAGUAGAAAAUGACAAAUCUGAUAAUGCAAAAAUAGUUUUAAAAAACAAAAUAAAUGAAACCGAUUAAAAGCACAUAAGCAUGAAAGCCAAAGGAUAUAAAAUGAGGACAGUAGAGCUCAAUUAUAAAAUGUCUUCUGGAAUUAAUAAAAGGGGUUUCAACACCUGCCUAACAGCACGAAGAGGAAUUAGUUUGGUGGAUGAACCACAAUCCGUGCCCCGUGAGAGAAUUUGUAGAUAUUUGUAGAUAUCUACAGAAUCAUCGCCAAUAAGGCCCUCUCCAAAUAACUGCCUUCAUUGUCACAGCUGGCCACUGACAUUACCUGGCCAUCCAGGGACAAAAUGAGGUACAGGAACCCCCAAAUGAACUUGAUACAUCAGGGGAGAAUACAACCCCAAUCAAAAUUAGUUGCAAACCUCCACCGAGAGCAGAAGAAUCUUCAAUUGUUUGUCUUCCAGACAUCCAUUCAGAAUUUCCAGUGCUUCUCUAGGGUUAGAUGAUUAAUAUUAAAAGGUUGAGAGUUGAGUGUCAUCAACCUACUGGUGACACUUAAACCCAAAUCCCCAAAUGACAUCACCCAGCGGGUUCAUGUAGACAUUAAAACUCAUAAGAAGCUGGCUUCUGCUUUUUAUCAAUUGCUUUUGAGAAGCCAGUUCCCCUCAUUUGACAGUUUGAAGGUGGUGUGGGUGGAAGACCUGGGGGAAACUAGGCCCAGCUUUAUAGUGGGGAGGGGGGGUCUGGUCUACCAAGCCCUUCUCAGCUUUUGCCAAUACGCAGAACUCUCUCAAAGUGGUGCAUCUGUGGUCUCACACACUGCCCAGGCUUUCUCAUAUAUUGGGUUGAGGAUCUAAUUGCUGUUCGUGAGACUGCCCAGAGAAGAGUGCUUAUCGGCUUAUGUUCUGGGGCUGUCAUUUUGUUUCUGUUUUCUGGGGUUGAAGGAUGGAGAAAAUUACAUCCAUAAUUGGUAAACAGGCAGUUAAAGAGCCAAAGUUAUGUCUGCUCUCCAUAUUUGAAGGAGACAAAAACACCCUACUAAUCAAACCUUUGAUUAUGUUCCUCCUGAUCACAGCCCAUUUAACUACAACCCAGGGCUGGAAGGUUCCUUGACCAUUAUAAUGGGCAUGUGGUAUAAAAAGACGGUUUCCUUGAAGAUGCUAACUCAUAAAUUUAAAGGCACCAAGGGUUCUGCCAUGCCAGAAUAUUUUGUGACCAUAUGGGUAUCUCUCUCUCUCCCUCUCUCUCUCCCUCUCUCUCUCUCUCUCUCUCACACACACUCACUCUCACUCUUAACUUAUAUCAACACUCACACCAUGGAUCGCCUUGUUCUAGCCAAGUGGGUUAUUCAUUUAGAAGAAUUAUUAAACUUAUUUGGACCUUGUGUUCUUCAAACUCCCCCCGCCCUAUUUUUGCUCUGCCAUCAGUAUUAGUUGUAGGUACCCUUAUCAUAGUUUCGCUUGUUAACAAUUUUGUUUUCCAUGUUUUUGUAUGGUUCUUUUUCAGGGUGUACUUUUUUGUCCUGAUACCCAUUUUAUAUAUACUGGAUGUGUUAUACCUUCUUCUUCUUCUUAAGCACAAAAGGUUAUAAGGAGCAGGAAAGGACAGGAGAGUAAAUCUUACUGAAUUGUUGUUAACUGCUGCACUUAGCAGUAUAUGGACUUUUGAAACACGGAUUAAAAAUAAGCGCUUUGGGGGCCUAUAUAAUGCUCAGAGGCAUUAUAUGUGUGUGUGUGUGUGUUAAAAGCAAAUAGGAAACAGGGGAUAUUAAAAAGAUAAAUAUAAGAAAUAACUGCUUCAUUUUUUCAACAAACUUGAGCUUGGCUGGAUCAGAGCAAAGGUCCAGCACCCUGCUCUCUACAGAGGCCAACAAAGUGCUUCUGGGAAGUCUGCAAGGUGUGGAGACAAUAGCCUUGCCUCAUUUUUGCUCCUUAGUAGCUAUUAUUCCAUAGCAUACUGGUUCUGAACCUAGAGGUUCUCAUAGCUAUGGCUCUGUCUCCCAUGAACUUGUUUAAUCCCUGUUAAAGCCACAUAAGCAAGUGGCCAUCAGACAUCCUUUUGCAGUAAAUUCCAUACAUUAUGUGUUGUGUGAAGAGGUACCUUUUGGAGGGCUGUCUUGAACUACCAGAAAGCUGGGGCCUCCAGAAAGUAGCUUUGCAACCCUACAGCCCUAUGGCCUACAGCAGUAGCAGCCAGAGUGGUGGAUCAGAGCCAUGGAGCUACCUUCCCAACACAGGACUCACUACAGCUUACCUGGAGAGGGCAGGGAGGGCAGUUCUGCACCGGCACACCAGUGGAAGUGCUGGAUUGACUGCUGGGGUGUCCAUGUUGCCCUUCCCUUGGGGCCACCCUGCCCUGCCGCAACCCUAUCACCAUCCAAGUAGGUUGUAGCAUCUCCUGUGUUGCGAAGGUGACUCCAUAGCUAUAUCUGACAAUUUCCUCUCCCAAUGGCAGAGAAAGAGGGUCUGACCUCAAAGAUGGAGAUUCGGUUUCAGGUGCCUCCUCCCCACCACCUCAGUGGCUCUUGCCCUACUGAUGCCAGAAAUCCAACAUAGAUAGUAGGGCCACAAAAGUGGUACCAGGGAGUGGGUUGAUGUGUACCAGAGCAUGGCAUGGAUCCAAAGGUCUUCCCAGUCUCUCAAUCUGCCUCCAAAUGAGGGAGAAAACUGCACCCUCCUUGGAUCUGACAUAAUAAAAUUCUCUCCCUUUGGGGAAGGGUUGUGGCAUCUGUUUUGCAUGCAGAAGGCCCCAGGCUCAAUGUCCAGCAUGUCCAGGAAGGGCUGGGACCGCUGGUGAACCACCACUAUGGACUAAUGGUCUGGCUCAGUAUAAGGCCGCUUCCUUGGUUCUAAGUUCUAAAUGGGAUGGAAAUUGUUGCUGGAUAAGGCAGUUCAAGCACCUCUGGUUCCCCAUCCCCCUGGCGCUUAGCAUUGUAGCCUAAGUGUAUAAAUGCAGCCCUUUUCUAUGCCUUUUUGCUUCUCUUCGGUGCUGUUUACUUCCUCCUAAGUGUGCCUAGAAUGGCAACCAUAAUGGAACCCUCUUAUUCUCCUUAAAAGCACAAUAAAGAGAAGGGGAAGCUCUUUGUCACAAUCACCUGCAAAUGCAUAUUUCCUCUUGUUUAUGGAGGAAUAUUAUUAAGACUCUUAUAAUACAGAACUCUUCAUCAGAUGGCCAAUUCUCAGCUUCAAAUAAAGCCAGGUUCCAUUAUAAGCUCCUAUUUCCUAGUGAAAGGGUUUACAAUUUAGGAGCCAGGCAACCAAUCAAGGUUGGAGUUAGCCACAUUUUUUUUAAGCUCACAGUGAUUCAUUUACCAUUAAUAUCUCCAAGAUAGGCAACAGAUGUAGCUUUCCCAAACAUGAAGAUUUCUGAUUGCCUUGAAAAUGUUAAAAGGUACCCUAUCAAUUUUUAACUGUUUUUAUUUAUUUUCAUAGUAGUACAGAAGAUAAAUUUUGAGAAAACAAUUGCUACAACAAAAUAAACAAACAAACAAGUAACUUGUCCUGAUAAAAUUACAGACUUUUAUCAUGCCAUGUGUUAAAGCUUCAUUUAAACUCUUCCAACUCUACAAUUCUAUGAAACAGAAUAAUAUUUCAAAAAGCGUUAUGCAUGACAUAUUAAGCAACAUGGAAUUGGAAAUCAAAAGUGGGAUAGUAACCAAAAAAGAAAAGCAGUGUGGAGUGCUUCUGUUCAGGAUUCCAGAUACCCAGUCCUGCCAUUUUCCAGGAUAGCCCCCUGCUUUUUUUAACACUGGGGAGCCACCCCCCAAAAAAUAGAGGGGGGCAAACAAACUGGGCUCCUAGGAGUUGGUGCCCCUGUGCCCAAUCUUGGUACCUCUUGGAAUUAAGGAGCGUUGGAUCCUGUGGUUAUAAGGUUGCUUCCACCAUAGCACGGGAACACCCUCUUUCAAGGAGGGUGAGGACCAGCUGAGAGUCAGCUGAGCCAAGGAUGGGGAACUUCCCCCUACAUAUAUGGCCGUGAAGGACUUAACUGGCAUAGCCCCAUUGAGCCCAGACUUGGCUGGCCCAGCCAGAGGUCUGUGUGCUCCAAAUUCACUCAUCCUGGAGGAUCUUGGGUUCAGAUUGUGCUACAAUUUGUUUUUCUGUAAGAAAUGGAUAGAAUCAUUUUCCUUCAUUUCUCCCAUCUCUUUCUUAUAGCAGGGGCUCCCAAGCUGUGGUCCAUGGACCACCAGUUGUCUGUGAGUUUCAUUCAUGUGGUCUGUGUACUGUUACUUAUAUCCCCAGCAGUUUUCAAGUGGACCAUGGUGAGGGAAAGUUUGUGAAGCCCUGUCUUAUAGGACUGGUUCCUGAAACUGACAAGAGGUGCUGCAAUGCAUUUCUUAUCAAACUGAUGCAUACUGUUGCAUCCAGGAACAAUCUGUAGGAUGGAGAAGGGGUCUUGGUGUGCUCUGAAAGUGACAAGACAUCAAAACUGUCCAACUAAAGCACAGGUAAAUUAGCUCAAAAAUCUGCAAAAAGCCCCCAAGCAGCACUGUGAAUUGAUACACACUGGAUGCAGUCUAUAGAGGCAAUCUUUGAGUGUUCUUAAAAAUGAGAAGAAAUGAAAACUCCAAUCAUAAAACAUAAAAGCAUAAAACAAUAUGAAACUUGUGAGGUUUUAUGCCUUUGGGGAGUAGCAUGGUGACUGCACAUUUAAGGCCAUUUAGAUAGACAAUGUCAACAUUAUAAGUGUUCACUGAAAGGAAAUUGAAGCUAAGAAGAUACUGCAAGUUUCUAGCUGCUUAUAACAUGGGGACCUCCAUCACAUAAAGAUAACAUGGCAGACCUGAAACGUGGCAGGUCUGAUGACUUAGGGGAGUAGUACAAUACCUGAAAAAUGAACGACAUUUGGAUGGAAAGUUCUAAAGUUGUAGGCAGCAGAAAACAGGCAUUGUCUCCAUUGUAAUCAAUAUAGUUUUUAUUUUAUUUUAUUUUAUAUUUAUUAAUAGCCCUCCUGUCCUCCCAAAGGAGUCUAGGGUGGCAAACAACCAGUGGUAAAAUAUAUUUGAAACAUAUUUAAAAUAAUUCCAAUACAGAUGCAGACUGGGAAAGAUCUUGACUAAAAAGUCUUAUUGAAAGAGGAAGGUCUUCAGUAAGCAAUGAAAAGACAACAGAGAUGACACCUGUCUAAUAUUUGAGGGGAGGAAAUUUCAGAGGAUAGGUGCCACAACACUAAAUGCCCAAUUUCUGCAUCGUGGGGAUUCGAGAGCAGACCUCCUGAUAAGAUGGCAUAUGUAGGUGGCCCUCACUUGCAGAGAACAGUGAUUGUCUGGGUAUACAAGGGGUGAGAUGAUCUUUUAGGUAUCCUGAAACUGAAGCAAUUGAAUGUAAGUUCCGUUUUUUAAAAAUAUUUUAAACAUGAGGUUAUGGCUAUACAUUUGCACUGUAGUUGGGAUUGGAGAUUCUGUCAACAUAGCUUGGAUGAAUCAGCAUGAAGCUCCUUGGGUGGUUUUCAGUAAAAUAUAGUCAAACCAGCACACAUGCCUGGGCACCAUCAGAUCAAGCCACACAUAUGCCCAGCAGAGGGCAACAAUGCCAGCAGAUGCCAGCCAGCAGAUGAAGUCACAUAAUUUUUGAUACAAGAGGUUGGCCAUUUUGUACGUUCUUUCCCUUAGGACUUUUUCUAAAUUUCCAACUGAGUUCUAAAGCCCACAUCUGGAAAUAGGGGAUGCAAAAGAUAGGAUGCAGAAGUGUCCUAGAAGUGAUCAGGAGAAGUGUUGAUGCUGGAUUAUCAUGCUUUAUAUUAACAUGAUUCUUGUUUAAACAAACACAGUUUAUUCCAGUACCUGGCCCUCUUCCUUAAACUGAAAGAGGAUCCUGACAUAUGUUUACUGCUUGCGUGCCAAAACGGCUUCUUAGCAGUUUACAAGUAUAAGAUCAAUUGUAAAAUCCAUGCAUAAUUGAAAUACACAGUUAAACAAUUCCAUCAGCACAUUAAAAAUAUCCGUAACUAAAAUAAACAGUAAAACAUGCCAGUGUAAAGCAUAAUAUUUAAAACAGUUUAAAAACAAUUAGAUCAGAAAGUUCAAGUUCAGGGAAUGCUGGCCUAAGCAGGUGUGUCCUCAAGAGCCUGUGGAAUGCCAAUACUGAUGGGGCCUCUCAUAUUUUUGCAGGGAGUAGGUAUGGUUAGGCUUGUAUGGUUAAAGCCAAGCAACUUGGAUCAAGCUAGCUGGGCAUCUUGGUAAUUUUUGUUUUGUAUUUCUCUCUCUAUCCUUCCCUGCUCUGUCCAUGUUUUCACCCAACUCCCUAGAUUCUCCAAUCCCUCUCUGUCCUCCUUCCCAGCUUCCCUCUCUUGUCCAGGCCACGCUUUCAACCUUUAGCCUACCACUCAUGCCUUCCAUCCCUGCCAGCUGCCCCUUUCUCUAACAUCUCACCCUUCCGAACAGGGACUCUGCUCCGGAGGGAAGCGGCAGCUCUGGGUCCGCUCGACGCCUUACUAGGAGGCCUCUUGGCAGAGCUGGCCUUACGCAGCUGCAGCUCCUCGGAGCCCCUGAGAUGCUCUAAAUGCAAAGAAGCAGCAUUCAGGACACACAAGAUUUUCUCAAAACAGCACAGUGAUGUGAGUACCACUUGCUUGAACAGGAUCCCCCUGGGGGAAAUAGGACCAGCUCAUCCACAUCCCAAUCCCCUCUUUUUAAGGAGAUUGUGUGCAACACACUUUUUUCUAAAUAGGAAAGCUUACCCAUAAGAACAUAUGGAACGAAACACUCUGAUUCAUUAGCCUUCACUUUUGCUUGUCCUCAAACAUAUUUGCAUUCAGAAGUAUACAGCCCCAGAAGAUGAAGGAACUAAUAGCUGGUUUUCGAAAACAGAAAGGCAACGGUGCUCAAGCCUGUCUAGAAUUCACUCGCUGACCUCAGCUGGCUGCUGGCAGCAUGGAGCUGGCUGCAACAAUUGACUGUCAGUAUCACACAUAGUCUCAGAGCAUAGGCUGCAUGUACACGCAUUGAGAUGUGGAAACAGGUGAUUAUGUGCCUUUGCUCACCGUACAUAUAACCUUAAAUGUGAACUGGGACUAUGUAUGUACAUUUGUUUGAGAGAUGUUCACACAAUCCAUUUGCUAUAAUUAUUGAAUAAUAAACAAAUAAACGGGGUGAUCCAGAAGUGGGGCCUGCUUGCGUAGACUUAGAAUCAAGGUUACGAUUAUGGUAUGAGGAAGCGUCAGGAGCCCAACAUUUGCUGCAGCACCCCACUGAGGAAAUACAGGAGCCAGCCUCAGUGAGCAGCUAAAGCCGCUUUGCACAUGACUCGUAAGUAAACCAGGUUCUGAGACUGAGCCCAGGCUCUAUUAUUAUUAUUAUUAUUAUUAUCUGUUAGUCUUUCUUUUUCUUCUGGCUUACAAAACGACCUACAAACAACAAAACGAACAGGAAAAAAAACCCAAACAGAUAGACUGAAACCAAGAAAAGAAAGAAAUACAGUAUAAGCAUCCCGCCCACUUCCAAAACGCCACACAGAUAGUUAAAGGCCAAAGGCCUGGUUAUAGGGGAAAGUUUUUGCUUGGCUUUAACCCUUUCCUCUACCACGAAGGGCUUCCCAAUUAUCCCCCGUGUUUUGUAUCAGGGGCUGUGUUCCUCAGAGGAAAGGCAUGUUCAGAGGCACUUUUUCGUUUGUUGCAACUUCAGGGCAUGGAGUGAAAGUGUAUGGAGUGGAGCAACAAUGACAUCAUGACACCCGGAUCCGGAAUGUGCUUGUAAAUAAGUCCCGAGUCCCAGCAGCUGAUUUAGGGAGGUGGGGGUCAGCUUUGAGACCUUCCAGAGCUGGAAGGGCAGCGCGGCUUCUGAGCUAGGCGUGAGACUAGGAAGCGGUGGGGACGAGAAGCUGGUGGCGGCGGCGCUUGUUUUCCUCCUCGGAAUCUCGGGUUUCCGAGCCAAUCCAAACAGGAUGCGAGCUGUCGUGGUCGCCGCUGCUGUCUUGAUGAACGCUCUCGCCUCUGCCGGUAACCAGGGAGCCCUGAUUCAAGCUCCCGAGAAGCAGGAGGAAGUGACGCCCAGGUUAUUUAUGCAUCGAAUCAAUUUCAGUUUCGGGGAGAACAGCGCUGCUCUCUCGCCCUCUCCGAGCGCGAGCCAGGAAGCCCUGGAAAGAGAGGCAGGAAAGGCAGUGCCUGGAAGCAGCAGCCGACUCCUGGCAGACUGCAUCACCUGAUCGCUUCCAUGCCAGCCUCUUCGCAAGGCGCUUUUGCUCGCCUCGCCUCCGCAAACAAAUCUGGGGCAGAACUUUCCCUUGCAACCGCGCGUUUCCCUGACAGAGGCUCUUAAGGGUUCCGUUUAGCACUUAAGCCUACCUAGCGUGCUGUGGGGAGAGGGGUGGGUAGGCGAGGCUUUUUCUCCAGAUCCAAUUUAUGCCGCGAUUUCUUCCACAUUGCAUUUGAUUUCUUCUGCUUAACAGAGGAAAAUAAGCCCUCGUGAGGUUUAGUGAAAGGAGACGUCCCUGCCCGUAUCCAAGAGGGUUCUUCCGUCGUUUAGAUCGUCUGAUAAAGCGGUCAGGAUGUCAGAGGGGAGCGGGUGGCUGUGACAGGCAAAAUGAAUGCCUCUGUCUUUUCAUCUCUCCUGCACAAACACCUUGUUUACCCCUCCAUUUCUCCUCCCCGAGGGAGAUCCGAAGCAAAGCCGGAGCCUCCCACUUCACUACCCGCCUCCCCUCCCUCCCUCCCAUCUGUUUUCACAAUGUGUUUGCUGCAGAUGUUUGUGGCUCCAGAUGUCCGUUGCCUGGGUUGGCAUCCGCGCGGGCACGUGCCCGUGUGUGGUGUUUUCAACAGCCAGGGCGCUUCUCCGGGGGCGGGCAGAGGGGGGAGCCGGCGAGGGAGGCGGGAAAAUGACGGCGCGCUGCAGAGAGCGCUUGGCCGGGAGCUGUCCAGGGUGCUGAAUCGCGCCAGCGGAGGCGAGCAGGCGCUUGCUUGGCCGAGGACAGUCUCUCUCUGGGGUCCCCGGGCUCCGUUUCCCGGCCCCUCCAGUCCGUGUCUUCCCCUCCACGUCCACAGAAAGGCGCUGGGGUGGAGGGUAGGCGGCCACCUGGACAUUGUGGUGCCUGAGAAGAAAGGAAGUUGGGGACCGAGCCGGGGUGUGGACGCUCCAGCAGCCCGGGCUUCCUAGACGAAGCAGAGAGACGCAUGCGCAUGGCGGGCGAGCUGCCGUCCCCGGCUGAAGAGCCCGCUGCGAACGGAUGUGAGCAAUGCAAAGAUUUGCACCCGGCUCCGGAGAUCGAAGGGGAAAUUGUAAGUACCCGGCAGCCCCUCGGACUCUGCACCGAGACCGGACGGGGAGCUGCUCAGGCUCGCCUGGGCGAGCUCAGCUGCCUCAGGCUCAGCUGCCUGAAUGGUGUGUGUGUGUGUGUUUCUGGUGCACUGGUAGGAGCCCCCGGUAAGUAAAGCUUGCAGGGGCGACUUCCCUCGCCUACCACUUGGGCUGGUGUGGGCUUCCUGAGCUUUUCAGUCAGGCGCUCACAGGUGAGUCGCCCAGCCUCAUGCCACAGGUGUUUGAGGUUCUUGGGACCUGGAGGCUCUGCCCGGAGGAAGAUAUCCGUUCUGGGGAGGGAGGGUGCCAGGGUGGAGUAAUAUUUCCGACGGGGUGUCCGUCCGGGAAGAGAAGCAGGCCAAGUGGAGUGUCUCGGGGGUUGGAGAGGGGGCUUCGUGUCGGCAUAUCCUCCUGAGGGGUGAGGGUAGGCUAAACUGGAAAGCAGCUGCGGGAUGGGGAGCACUGCUGGGCAUGGCCAUUGGCAACAGGUGCUCUGUCAUCCUUGGUGCUGAGGAACGGGGAAAGCGGUUUAGGAGUGAGCUCUACUAUGAGGAAGGGUAGAUGGAGAGGGAUCCAUAUCCCUGGCCAGGUAGAAGGCACUCUGGAUCCCCGCUACGGGAGCUUGGCUGGUGGAGGUUCGGUGACCCCAGAGUCCUCCAAACACCAAGUACUCGGCUGGAUCCUGCCUAGGUCAGCGAGGGGCUCUCCGUCCAUCCAGCCCUGCAACAGAGCCUGUCCUCAAGGCUAAAGGAGAAGCCGCCCGAGCGAGAGUCAGGUCUGCGGGCGAUCCUCGUGAACGCGCAAAAGGGCUGGGAAUGGAAGCGAUUGGAAAAGUCUCCUGGUUACGUCCAUGUAUAUUCACAUAGCCGGGCGUGAAAGGUUGAGAAAGCGAAGGUCUCUUUUUUCCUUUCCAUCCGCCUUUCCUGCACAGCUGGUAGCAGUUCCGCCCUCGCGUGGAAACUGCCUCCUCCCCGGUUCCCGCCUUACCUGUCGGCUUCAUUCCGGGAAGGCUUUCGGUCUAGAUUGGUGCCGAGUCAAUUUCAUCCUGUUCGGCUUUGCUUUCGCUGAAGGGGGAAUGGCAGGCUUGUUUUCGCCAGCACAUGAUCUUAACUGUCCCUUUUCUAAAGAUAAGGAGCAAAAGGACAAGCAGUAAGCGAACCCAUAGCCAGAUCUUUGCCCGCUUCUUCCGACAAAGUCCCUUGGAACCGAACGCCAGGGGGCGCCGUUUGGAAAGAGGCCGCAGGGACCCCUCCUUGCCUGUUAAAAUUAGUUUAUAUGGAGUAUUUUGGACCCAGAAACGCGCAGCGCAAAAACCCCAAGCUAAGCAGAGUAAUGCAUAUAGACAGGCUCACAUACAUCAAUCACUGGGUGGAUUCAUAAUUGCAGGAAUAAUUUCAUUUAACUGCACAUCCCUAUUAUCUAGGCUCUUAAAUGGUGAAUGUUGACAUUCUCACAUGACUAUUCCUAUAUUAACACCUUGUUUGCAUAUGAAUCAUGGCCAUGAGGGGUAUCUGCCUAAGUCUUUAAAGUGUACAUCUAAAAUGUAAAGCAUAGGUUUGUAAAUGUUAUGCAUCAUACAAAUACAUUCAUCAUGAAAGCAAGACUGGCUGCAGAUCUCUGUCAAGCUUAUGCCCUCAGUGGCCAACCUGGGGUUGGCAUGAUCCUCAGUUGAGAACAUUGACCUUAAUGGGACUUAUAUAUAUAUUCAGCUAGCUCUGGAUCAUGCCUACAGUGUCAAAACCCAUUCAUUAGUUUCAGUAUUAGCAGAUAAUAUCCGAAGUAUGCAACACAGCAUAAGCCAGAGUGAAAUGCAAACCACUAACCAUACAAUACAAUCUAUGGCUGAUACUACAUAUAUCACAUACAUAUGCACAUUUAUAUCCCACAUUUUCUCCAAAGAGCUUAAGUUGCCACACACACUUCUCCCCCUUUCCAUUGCAUCCUCAGAACAACCCUAUGAGGAAGGUUAGCCUGAAUUAUAGUGACUGGUCCAAGUGAGUUUUAUGGCUGAGUGGGCAUUUGAACCCUGGUCUCCUGGUCCUAGUCCAACACCAAGUGGCUCUAUGUUGUCUCUCUAGUUGUAUGAAUGUAAUAGGCUUGGAGGUCAGAAGUUUUCUGACUAUAUACUGGUGCAUGCACAAUCUGGGGUUUGGGCACAGCUCAACCAGUUGGCCAGUUAUUGCAGUGGAACCUCGACAAUUGAAAAGCUGGUAAUAUAACAUAGCAUGUCUUAAAGCUGCUCCAUUCUUCUAUUCCCACUCCAAUACUUUGGAGGUUAUGCUGUUUUUUAUGAUGUAAAUCAUGAAUUAUACAGUGUCACGUUGCAGGGAAACUGGCCAUUACGCCAUAGUGAAAAGAGUGCCUAGUGGGUAUUUUUAAAAAGUCAAUUCUGCAGCUAAAUUGUUGAUGUUCCAGCAGCUGAACUACAAUACAGUAUUUCAUUCAAAUACAAUUAUGAACGUGAGUUGCACCAAGAAUAUUACUGGCCCACUAAUGAUUUUCUUCUUUUUGGAGUCUUGUAUUAAAAAAUAAAUUGUAGAAUAAACUUGCUCCUAAAGGGUUGUCACUACACUACACAUCAUCAUAGUUCCAAUACAAAAAUAGGAAUAACAGGUAACCUUUUAAUAACCUUGAGAGUUAAAAUUUCCAAAUAGCAGAAAAAAGAUGAUGAGCCUAAAUGGUUUUAAAAGUUCUGAACAAAUCUUUUUAUGGGGAAUCUUGCCUACCUAAUAGAAGGCUGGAGGAUAUUAGAAAGAUGCAGGUUUUUUAUAGUAAUUGGAAUCGUUUUAUAUAUUACUGCAAUAUGUGCUACAACCACACAUUGAAGUACUAUUAUACACUCUGUUGGAAAUAUUCAGACACAAACAUUUUCCAAACAUGGAUUUUUCUGAUAUUUAUUGAAAGUCCUUUUAUGCCACCUCCUGGGGCAAAUCCUAACCAAGGCAGAUUAGAGGCAGAUUAAAAUUAACUUCAUAUAUAUAUAUAGUAGGCUUCUUUAGCUUCAUAAUGACAGCAGGAGCAUUAUGCUUCCAAAUCAUUCACAGAAAAAUGCACUUGCAAUAGAUUGCAUCCAGUGUCAGUGCUACUCAGGGCAGAUCCACUGAAAUUAAUGGAUAUAACUUUUAAGGUAUACUAAUUUCGAUGGGUCUAUUCUGAUUAUAACACAGUGGAAGUAGAACAUAGCCAUCAUGGUAGAAAUGACAAGCAGGUGACCGAAGGGGAGGGGCAAGGCAGCUGAGAGUUGUGCAUGGUGUGGGCACAGUGGUGGAGACAAUCUGAUGCCCCCCUCCCCCGCCUUGUCCCAACCCCUCUCAGUAAGCGUCAGUGAUGCAGUGUUGGGAAGCUGAGAUAGCAAUGUCACACCAUCUGUUAAUGCAUCAUGAUGAGCAGCCAUUGAUAACCUUAUUCUCCAUGAAUUUGUCAUCAUUCAUACACAUUCACACACAUACACACACUGAUUUUAACCAAAGAAAUAAACAUGCUGAAAUCAAUAGGCUUAGAACCCAAACAAAGAUGGCACUAAGAAUAUAAGAAGAGCUCUGCCGUAUCAGGCCAAAGGUCCAUCUAGUUCAGCAGGAAUCCUGUUCUCACAAAUCAGAAAAUCCAGAUUGGGGAAAUGGUGCAGAAGAAAAGGGUGAACCCGUAUCUUGGAUCCAUGACCCGGAUCCAAAGAACAAUUGCUCGGCUGCUGUUAAUAUCUUCCAUCUCAUGUCUAAUGUGGUCCUAGCUAAAGUUUGGAUUGUGCCGCUGGUUUUAAUCUAAACUCAUUUUAAAACACGGCAUUAAAAAACACUAGCAGGAUAAUAUUAGUGGAACUGUAGAGGUUGCUUUAUUUUGUCAUACUGUAACAUGCUAUUGAAAACAUAUAAACAGAGAUUAUCUUACCUGGCCAUCUUUCUUAUUUUCUGUUUUAUUAUGACAGUAACUGGCUCUUUUAAAUGUCUCAACUUUGCAAAACACACUUCCUUCAGGCUUUCUCCUCAAGCUCCACUUGGCCAGCUUUGGGGACCCCACAAAAGCCUUCAAAUGAUCAUUGGGGGCAGUCCAUGGGUGGGGAACUGGCAGCCCACGUGCAAGAUACAGUCUGUGGGACCUUUGGAUCUGACCUAGGGCUUUCUCUCCUUGGCUCUGCCCCAUGUGGCAUUUAGGCUUAGGCAGUUGGCACCUUCAUGGCAGCUGGGACAAGAGCAAAUGUGGAGAUCGUAUGUUAAGGUUACCAGAUUUUUUUCAAAGAAUCCAGGGAUACUUUUCAACUUCAAUGGAUUUUGUAUGGGGACUGAUUUAUAAAUCAGGGGACUGUCCCCGGGAAAUGGGGACGUCUGGUAACCUUAGUGUAUAUGGCACUAGCAUCCUUUGCAUAAUAGCCAAUCAGGGGUUGAUGUCAUAACAAAUGCACAUCAGCAUCUCCUUUGUGUUUAGGGGAGUCACUCCUUGCCAUUGGGCAAGCUGGAUUGGACACAGGAUACCUGGUCCCCCAUGCAAUUUAGGAUUCACCUGUGGACUCGUACCCUAGCAUAGCAGUAUGAGGAUUCCAACAGAAGAGUCCAACUCAAAAGGCAAAUGAAUAUGAAUCGAUGAUUGUGCACUCCAUGAUGAGUCACCCUGAGGCAAACCACCAUGCUGACCAAUACAGUGUCAGUUUCUAUUUGAUCAGAGUCAGAUUUCAGCACUUAAUACAAUAAAAUCUGAGUCAUGGCUCAUACACUGCCACAUGAUUUCAGCACCCACUAUGAGCUGUCAGAUUCCUUGGUGUGAAUCACAACAUACUACAGUGAAAUUGGCUUUGUUGAGGCCAUUCAUAAGAAAGCCUGGGGAACAGAAUGCUCAUUGAAUUAGACCUUGACAGGAGUCAGUUGAGAACGUCGGCUUCAGCAGCUGUCUGCUCAGCUCCAUUUUGUUAAUUAUCAAGUGGCUCAUAGAAUCACAAAAUAAAUCUAUUCAGCAAUAUAUAUAUAUAUAUCAUACCCACACAUGCCCACACCCACCCACUCAAAGUGAGUUUAACUAAAGCAGUACACUGAGAUGUAACUAUUUUAGUGACUGACAAACUAGCUAAUGAUUUUUCUGCAUUUAGAGUUCCUUAAACACACACAGAGAGAGGUGUGUCAAGCUGCUGCCAUGUUUGGGUGUGAUUCAAUCAACUACGAGCAAAUUCAGGUUGCACAAUUAAACCUGAUUUGCUGCUCUUGCACAACAAGCCCACUUCCCCUUCAGCACUGGAUUUUUUUUGUACUGUAAGGAAAGUGAUGGAGAAAAUACAGUGGGAAGUGUAUGAUAACACUUGCUUGAAGCAAUGCCAUUUAAACUCCCUGCAAGCAAAAAAGAGUGAAUGCUCAAUAAAUACCUACGGGUUUGAAGCCUGCACCCCAGACCACUGAGGAUAAUCUUGGCCAAUGUCAUCUAACAUCCCUGCAAACUUUGUGCAAACAAAUCAGCAUAAAUGCUCAAUAAACAGGUCAUCUAGAAGUAGCCUAUGUACCUUAGGACUUCAUUUUAAUUUUGCAUUCUGACCUUCAAAUAGUAAAAAUAUAAAUAUAUGUAUAGUUCCAAUAAAGUUGAGAACUUGGAGGUUUGGAGUUAGUAUCUACAUUAGCCAGUUUUCCAAAGCAGCCUACAUUUGAACACAUAAUUGUCCCCAUUUAAACCCUCUUCAUGCUGUCAGAUUGCUGUCAAAUAGAUCGUGGAUAAAUCGAAUGCAAGCUUGAGCUUAUUAGUGAAUAGGGCAGUGUACCUCUUGUUGUGACUGUGUGGGUGGGUGUUGCAGUUCUGACUAGCAUUGCCUUUGAAAUGUAAAGCAAUGCUUAUAAUGCCUGCAGAAGAACAAAGCUUUUCAGAGCUAAAAACAUCAUACUUGGGCGUAGGCAACCUAGUUUCUGGUAUUCUAUAACUUUUUAAUAUGAGGCUUCCAUAUUUGUACUGAACUGAAGAUUUCUCUUCCACCAUGAAUCACAGUUUCCAACUGCUUGGUCUGUGGUACUCAGUUUUGCACAAAAUUCCUUGAUAGGGAAUAGACUGACCACAGUCAUUUAUGUUCUGGCAGUCUCCUUGACAGCACUGAUGUGUGCAACUACCUUCAAAGAUUAUUCAGAAGCUACAAUUUGCGCAGAAUACAACAGUGAGGAUUUUAGUGGGGACCAGUCAUUCAACUCCCACUUUGCCAGAUUUGAAAGAACUUCCUGAGCCUCCUGUGCACUUCAAAGCCUAAUUCAGAAUGCUAAUAAUACUUAUCUUUAAGACCCUAUAUCAAGGGUGUGAACUUGUGGCCCUCCCACCAUCCCUGCCCAUUGGCCUUGCUGGCUGAGGCUGAUGGACUCUGACAAUAUCUGGAGGUCCACAGCUUCUCCCGCCCUAUCUAAAUCUCUUGGGACACAGGUACCCUUAAGAAGAAGCAUCUCCCAUGUCAACCUGCCAGUGGCCUUAGGUUGUCAGGCCCUUUUCUGACCACCACAGCUGAGCCUUUCCAGCUGUGACUCUCUGAUUGGGCAACACUUAGCAAGAAGGCGUGCCUGUUGCUUUCAUUGUGGAUGGGGAACCUGUAGCUCUCUGAAUAUUGUUGUACUAUGACUCUUAUUACCCCUGACCAUUGACAUGUGAGCUGGAGCUGAUGGGAAUUGGGGUCCGACAAGAACUGAAGGAAGACAUGUUAUCCCCACCCCCAUUUUAUACCCCAGCAAACACCUUUUAAACAUUCACCCAGGCUAUUAAAGCUUGUUCUUUUAGCUGCUGCUUUAUUAAUUGUGUGUAUUGUUUUAGUUCACUAUAUUUUUACUUUUUAAAUAAAAAAAACCCUGCCUUGGGAUGAAUUUUGAUGAAAAGUGGUAAAAAGUAAAUGACAUACAUAGAUAAAAAUGAAUAAAUAGUGUUCCUUUGUGCAUCGUGCAGUCAGCUUCCUUGUAUCUGGACAGUAGGAGCAGCUGCAGAAGGGAGCCUCAGUCUUGGUAAUUCCAUUCACUGGUAAUACCAGUGUCUUAACUUGGCUACUCUAAUCUAUGCUCUGGUCAGCAGCAUUGUGUGAGCAGAAUGGGAGGCAGGAGGCAGGGCUGCCAAAUUUUCGCCUUGCACAGGGUGCCACUGAGGACCUUCAAAGUCUGCCUCAACCUUAUGGAUUCAGAGGAAGCAAAUGAUGCACACAGAUCUUAAUCUAGCAAAUUCAUCCUCAAAUUGACCAGCAAGGACCCAAGACAAGUUACAGCAAUUUGAAAUUUAAAACUAAAAGCAGUUAAAGCAUUUUAGAAUCACAGGAAUAAGGUGGAUCCCAAAAACCCACAACUCAGGUGUUCUUCGGCAUUCACUAAAAGCUGUGCAAUAUCAUGAAGAAGCCAGACACUCCUCUGUGGGGAGGGAAAUGUACAACCUAGGGGCUGCCCCAGAGAAUAUCUUCUCCCAGGCCACCCCCACUUCCAAACUUCUGAGGGAGGUGGAACUUCCAAGAGUCCCCUCUCCCCCCAUGCUGAUCUUAACAUCUAGCAGCAUCUGGAGGGAAGGAGGCAGUCUUUCAGAUAUUUGGGGCUUUGAACACUAAGGUUAUCACCUUGAGUUCAGCCCAGAAACGAACUGGCAGCCAGUGCAGCCAAUUAAGCACAUCCUUCCUUUUAAUUAACAAGUAGUCACAAGUGCUGGCAAUUAAAUUAGACCAAUUUUUCCAGUGUAAGCAUCUGCCUUUGUGAUUUGCUGAUUUGGCUUUAGGGAAUAAAAGGAAACAUGAUGUUUGUGAGUGUAAUAAACAAGAGCUUCAGAAACAAAGAAGCGCUCCUAACUUCUCAGUGAGUUAACCAUUUGUUAAUACACACAUUAUCAUAGGUUCUUCUUAUUUUUAAAUGGUCUGACAUCUUGAUCAAGCAAGGGAGGUAAAGCUCAUGAGGUAAAGUGAUCUCUGCAAAAUUCUGCUUCUAACAGGAUGCCUUGCCUGUGGAGAGAUUGGCAAGCUGCACAAUGUGACCAACCCCAAAUCUCUCUGCUGAGCUGUGCUUCUUCUGGCUUUGCUUUUGUUUUCUCCUUCAUUUCCACUCAUUUGCCCAUCUCUGCCAACCGGUAUACUUCUGUCUACUUUUCUGUACAUUUGCUUGAAGGUAAGUUAGGGAGCAACAGGGGCCCAGAAAGACAACGAGGGAUGUGUUCUCAUUCAAAGGGGAUGCAGGAGUCAAUAUCCACAAAUAUAUGGAUUCAGGACAAGAUUCUAGUGUCUCAAACCAGCAUCUAGCUGAAAUGAAGUGUGAAACAGAAAAUUGUAUCUUUGGCAGGGGUGGGGAAUCUGUGGCCCUCCAGACAUUGUUGGACUCCAGCUCCUGUGGUCAAUGGUCAGGGAUGAUGGGGAUUGUAGUACAACAUUUGGAAGCCAUCCAGAGUGGCUGGGGUAACCCAGCCAAAUGGGCGGGGUAUAAAUAUUAUUUGUUUGUUUGUUUAUUACACCAGAGGUUCCCCAUCCCUGAUUUAUGGCUAGUUAAAUGUGAUUAUGCUUUGGAUAUGUGUUCUAGCUUGCCAUUUGAAAGUUAGUUUUAUUGCAUAAUACAUGGAGUGUUGAAUAUCGCUCUAUUUGAUGUAAGUUGUCUAUUUUAAAGUCCUAGUUUUUCAUGACUUUGCUGCUAGCAUAUUUGUCAAGCUAAGCAGGGUCCAGUAUGGUUUUUGUUGAACUGUAUAUUUUGUUCUUUCUACAGCUUGUAAACCGCCUUGUGUAUAGCAAUAUAGAAAGGCAGUAUACAAAUUAAAAGUGAAAUGAAAAUGAAAUUUCAUAAGCAACGGUCUUCUGCUGUGCAGGCUGAUCAUGAGUUGCAGCUACUGAAUUUCCCCUUGCAGUACAGUUAUUUAAAGUGUGCCUUUGUCAGAUACAGAAAGGAAACCUCAGCCUGAACCACAGCAACAAUAGCAAGGAAGGUAUGCAAACUUCAUUUAUUUAGGACACAAAAGAGACGCAUGACCCGAACAGUAUUACCCCUCCAUUUCCUCCAAAAACCUGUGCUCCCUGAAUAUGUAUGCAAGACCAGUUCCUGCUUAAUUUAGGAACAAAAGUAAGCAGGAAUAAAGCCACAUCGAACAAUAUACCAUCUGCUUUAUUAUAGCUCUCGUUUGCUGCGAGAGCCAAAGUACAAUUGAAAAUAAAGGCCAGGCCAAUCAUCUUGUCAGUCUUGAACACACACAGCCCUUUUCAGCUUCAGCCGGCUCUGCGUAUGCGCCAUUCACAGAACCCUCUCUCGACAAAGGGGCUAACAUGGAACAAGGAGAGAACCAACAGAGAAAUGUGGGCCUUUGUUUGAGAUCAAAUUGAUUUUCUUCUCUUUCCCUUUUUGACAUUUCAGGUUAUUUUUUCCACAAUUAACACCUGAUUGGACAGUGGUCUAUAAAAAUGCUUUUGCAAGACGGGCAACAAAUCUCUAACAGAAUCCUCAUUGUUUUCAUUUCACAGGACUGUUUGCUAAGCUCAUUUAUUUAAUCAUAGAAGCAGGUUGAGAGACAGUGACAGGCCCAAGGUCUUCCAGGAGCUUGCUGGUUGACUGAACAGAGUUUUGAACCUGGGUCUCCCCAAUCCAAGUCCAACUCACUGUCAGCUACACCACAGUGUUCCAAUUACACUGAUAUACUAACUAUAGUAAGUGUGCAGGGUCCUGAGUUGCUGCAUAAGAAUGGGCAGGUUUGUUGUUAAGUGCUAUUCUCCACUUUCGUAUGGCAUCUUCUGAUGUAUAGAUCACGUCUUAUAAGCAUAUCCAGCAGGGGAAUCCUGUUAAAUGUGUUGUAGUGAUAAUUCUUGCGGUGGCUUAAAGACCAAACAAAUUCAUUGUGGUGUAAACUUUUGUGGAUUAUACUCCACUUCACUAUAUGCAUGAAGUGUCAUCCUAAAUCAGCAAGCAGAGGUACAUGCGGUUGGCAGUGGGAAGGGGAGAAUGCAGGAGAGUGAGGUCAGAGGGUGAGAACGAUUACCUAAACUCAAAAUAAUCCCUGUGACCAUUUGAAAAGGCUGUAUGUAUAAUAAACAUGGGAUGGGAAACAGGGAUGGGAAAACUUUUUGCCAACUGAAGGCCAUCUGGGCGCGUGCAAGUGGCAGACAAGGCCAGAAGCAAAAGUAGGCAGAGCAACGAAUGCAAAGUUUACCUUUGUACAGCAGGCUAGUUUCUACACAUGGUCACCCACACUUCUUUAUCCUUCAACCAAGGGAACCAAGAGUUAUCAGAGUUCAAGGACACAUUCCAGCCAGGCAAAAGCACUGGUUCGGUGCUCUUCUGUGUAGACAUGUUUAGGAUUGUGCUGUAUUCUCAUGUGCUGCUACAGAUAAAAGAAUAGGGAUAGUGCAUGUGUUGAAUACCAAAGACCCCAGAUUCAAUCUCUAGCAUCUCCCCUUGAAAGGAUUGGGUAGCUGCCAAUGGGAAACACCUCCGGCUGAGACUCUGGGGAGCUACUGCUAAUCAUAAUGGGCAAUGCUGGCUAGAUAGACGUGGCAGCCUGAGAUGAGGAGGCACCUGUUGUUGCUUCUGCCUCAAGCUCUCUAAAACAAGAAUCAUUCUCGCUGUGACCUUUUCUCUGUUGCCCAGCUCAACUUUUGGGGUAGCGGAGGCAGGAUGAAGACUUUCAGAAAGGUGUCUGAGCCCCCUGAGAAGGGCAGCCUGGGCAGUGUUGCAAUGAGGUCAUUUUAGACUUAAAUGGUCAACAUUUCAAUCGGGGGUCGGCAAACUACAGUCCAGGGGCCGGAUGCAGCCCACCAGGCUCAUAAAUCCAGCCCAAGGACCCUGCCACCCGCUUGGUCAGUCCCCAUGCUGAGCUAAACUGGCGUGGCACGGUGUUUCCUUGAAAAGAAGUUGCAGAUGCCUCACCACCUAGGGACUGACUUCCGCGACGUUAGCGCGGCUUUGGAUUGGCUGCAGGAAGUUCCUGCAGCCAAUCCGAAGCCUCGCUGCCCACAUGCUGAGGUAAACUCAACGAGGCCAUAGAUUGAGAGGCUGGCAGGUGGGCCUGUGGUCUGGGCCGCAUCAUGGGCAUUGUGACAGGCGCGUCGUGGGGCUUCAGCCGCACCUUGGCACGCCUGCUUGCCCCAUGCCUGGUGCCCAGCUCGGCGCUGCUGCUGGUGGCACAUUCAGUGGCUGCACUGGAGCAGCUGGAGGGCGAGCUGUGCGCCACCUGCCCGGUGCUCCUCAUGCACGGCCUGCCCACCAACCUGGCCUCAGACAAUGGGCUACAGCAUGUGGUUCACGCCACAUGGGAGCUCCAUGGGGACGGGCCGAUGGAGCGGCUGCUGCUCAUCAACAAUGCAGGUGAGCGGGUGGUGCCAAGACGUGCUCCUGAGUGUGUGCAGAGUUUGUUCCUUCUCCAGGUCCAGAGGCAGCUGCGGGACUGGCUUGCAGGGUAUUUAUAUUUUUCAAAAUAUAGUCUGGCCCCCCACAAGGUCUGAGGGACAGUGGACCAGCCCCCUGGUGAAAAAGUUUGCUGACCCCAAUUUAGAUAGUGAUGUGUAUUACCUGCGCCUGCCACAGGGCCGAGUAGAAAACCAAACUUUGAAAGAUGGCGAACCAGCCCUGUUGCUCUCGUGGUGGCGUGGGGGUCCCUCCUGCUCAUUUUGCUGAGUGGGGCCUUGGGAAUCUUUCCCACUUCCCCUGCUCUCUCAUAAACUCUGUUGCAUUGCUCUAUGGAUGAAACGAAGACCGUAAAACACUUGGCAAAUUAAAAAUCAAUGACAAACCGUCAUGGUGGGUUUAAAGACAUUACCGGCCCAGAAUUCCUCAUCUGAUUAGGACCGUGAAUUAAGGAAGCAGUUUCUUCUGACUGCUCCACAGGCCACUUCACCUAUUAGCAACAAUUAGGAAAGCCACUGGGUGCCAAGAAUACGAGUGAAGCAGUAAACCUGAUGCCUGGGCUUUUUCCACAGAGUCUAACCUCCUUCCUGUUUUUUCCUCAUGCAGCCCAUGGGAUCCGAGCGGAUGGAGAUGCGCAAAAGGCAAGCAUCUGUGACCCAGGAGACACCGAGCUCUGUACAGCCACAGCCAGGGAUUGAAAACCGUGGAUCCAACGCCUGCUGCUUCUGUUGGUGCUGUUGUUGCAGCUGCUCCUGGUAUGCCUUUAAACCAUAUUCAAACCUCUUGGGGGGAGAAGGGGAAAAGAUGACACCAUGUAUGCCCUUGAGUAAUCAGAUGAGUUUUACAAGGGGCGGAGGAAAGGUGAUGCAGCUGUUGCCUACUUUUCCAUAGAUGAAAACACCAAACAACAUUCCUUCCAGUUCUUUAAAUCUUCUGGAAAUACAUAAAGAUGCCAAGCAGAGCUGGAGACUUUCAGACCUUAUGUGUUUCUCAGCUUCAAGUCAAUGCAGGAACAUGUUUAGCCUGAAUAGCUCAGUUGGUUAAAGUGUGGUGCUGGUAACGCCGAGGUUGCAGGUUCGAUUCCCGUAUGGGACAGCUGCAUAUUCCUGCAUUGCAGGGGGUUGAACUAGAUGAUUCUCAGGGUCCCUUCCAACUCUUAUGAUUCUAGAACAGCUGAGCCCAGUCAGAUGCGUUGGGCUCCAAUACCCAUCACUCCUUACCAUUGACCACACCAGCUGAGGCUGAUGUAAGUUGAAAUCUAUCGAUAUCGGCCAGGGACCAGUUUGGGAAAGGAUAGUCUAGGAAGGGGUGCAGCUUAUCAGCAGAACAAAUGCUUCACAUAUAUUAAGUCCCAGGUAUCUCCAGAAAAUCUCACGUAGCAGGGCUAGAUGGAUCAAUGGCUAAUGGGGGACAGCUCUUCAUAAUAAUCAGCAAUGUGUGGAUUCCAUUAUUUAAGGAAGGAAGCAUUUCAGAGGGCCAUACCCAGAGGCUCUAACUUCAAUGGACCACAUACUUCUGGUGAGAGAAAAGUAGUAUGAAACAGCUAUUGCUGAAAGAAACAGAAGAGUGGAUACCCAGUCACCAUUCCAGAGAAACUGAGAGAAUGCUGAUAAUUUGAAGAUGUGCAGGGCUUUUUUUCAGCUAGAACUCGGUUCCAGCACCUCUCAGGUGGGCACCAUUGCCAUUACAAGAGAACAAGGGAAGUGUUCAGGGCGAGUUCCAGCACCUCUUUUUCUAGAAAAAUAGCACUGAGGAUACCACCUCACUCUACAGCUAGUUUAGAUAUCCUGUGUGCUAUCUACUAAACCUAGACACUGCAACAAAGAGAAAAGGAACAAAGUAGCACAUAUAAUCUUCAAAAGGAAAGCUUCUGAACAGCAUAUUUUUAGCAGGGAUCUUUAAAAUGCAUAUGCUGACAUAUCUGGGACUUAUCCUGACAAGAUUCAGCAUGGAACAUAAUGAUUUUCUCCAGAGCACUUGGUCUAUAUAAUCCAGUUCCCCAUUGCAAGCAAUCAGGGCAGCACAGAAUUUGCAAACUGGUGUAUAGGGGUCACUUCAGAAUCACCUUAUUGAGUUCUGAUUUUAAAUGUUUUUGUUGCUGCUUUCAGUAAGCAACCUGUAGCCUAUAACCCAAGGUCAUGCCCACAUUAAGGAUUUUUAUUUGAGAAACAGAUGGAUAGCUAGAACUGAAUGGUGUACUUUGCCCCUCCCCUGGCUAGUUUUUGUGCAUGGGUGCACUCUACAACAUGUCAUUAAUGCAAUAAUAGUGUAUAUGUGGUGGAUUUAUACCAGAUCAAUCCACACGUCAUUUCACUUUAUUCAUUGUUCUGCUAUGCUUCCCCAGUUGCAUUAUUGACAUCUAGAGGGACACUCCUGCACUAUAGCACAACAAAAGCAGGACAUAAAAUAAGCCAGAACAUUUGUUGUAUAAAAAACUAUAGGUUUUCAGCAGGAAGCUAUGGAACAUUCACCAAUUGCAAAUAAAGCAGUACAUCUGCCCCAGAACUUCUGCAGGUACAAACAGGAUCACUUAUUAUUCAUUCAUUUAUUUAUUUGUUAAAUUUAUAUACUGCCCUUUUCCAAAGAUCACAGGGCAGUUCACAACAUAAAAAUACAAAAUGAGAACACAAAAUACAUAACAAAACAAAAACAGACCAAUAACCUCCCCUCCCACAAACUCAUUUAGAAAGAUAUUAGAAUGUUUAAUCAGCCCAAGGCCUGGUGGUAGAGAAACAACAAUUAUGUAUGUACAGUCAAACCUCGAUUGUCAAACGUAAUCUGUUCCAGAAGCCCGUUCAGCUUCUGUAAUGUUUGACAACCAAGGCACGGCUUCCAAUUUGUUGCAGAAGCUUCCUGCACUCAAGCAGAAGCCACGUUGGAUGUUCGGCUUCCGAAAAACGUUUGAAAACCAGAGCAUUUACUUCCAUGUUUUCAGCGUUCAGGAGCCGAAACAUUCCAAAACAGAGGCGUUUGGGAUCCAAGGUUUGACUGUAUAUAUAACUACCCUGAUCUCAUCACAAACACAAAUCAUGAAUGCACAAUAAAAAGGAUGACCAUACACUACCACACUUCUGUCAGUAUAGCAUCAAGUAUCUCUCAAUCAAAAUGUUUAUUUUAAUGAACUGAAUAGGGUGAAAGAUUAUGAGUCAUGGGUGUGUGGAGAAUGUGCUUAGCUUAGCUUAGUUUAAGGUAAAGUUAAAGGGAACUCUGACCGUUAGGUCCAGUCGCGGACAACUGUGGGGUUGCGGCGCUCAUCUCACUUUAGUUGCUGCUUUGUUAAUAGCAUUUUAUAGAUUACAUUAUUGAGGAUCUGUUAAUAGAACAUCACAAAUACAGCAUAAAUAUAAAAUAAUUAUGUUAUUGCUAUUUGUUGUUUACAAGCUGCUUUGGGUUCAUUUGAAGGAAAAGCAGUAUUCAAAUACAGUCAAUCUGGAAAGUUACUCCUUUUGUCCUGACUACAAAACAUACAUAUCAAAUACUCUUUCAAGCAUGCAUAAAGGGGUCAUCCAUAUUGGGUGGGAUUGCUACAGAAACAUGAAACUAACUUGGACAGAUGCAGGUGAGAAAUGGCUGCUUACCCUGUCAAGGGAUGGGCAGCGGUUGCUGCCCGUCAGUUCAGAUUCCCAGGGAGCAAUGCUGGGGCAGGCAGUGAAAAAUCCCUGGGCUGGCCACUCUGAUUGGCGGGUUUUCCCACCACCCAGUUGUUUGAACCCUGGCCAAUUUGGCCAGGGUAAGUAGAGGGGCUUGAGAGCAGACCAGACCAGGCUUCACUCCAGUCCACCCUUGGCUGAUAAAAGCUGGCUGCACCCGACCCCCUGGGAAAUAGUUGCUCACUUCAAGAGCUUACUGCUGAAAAUAUUUUCUAGUGUAACCACUUCUGCAAUAUUAGAGUAUCACCUUUCAAAUAUUGUUACUGAGCAUGGCUGGCAACAGGAUUUCUUCAUGUGCAGUUAUUUCAACUAUUACAGAGGGAAAUAAAAGCACAAUGGGUUUUUGCACAACAGGCAUACUUUCAUCUCACUGUCUUUAGCUUGGAUAUAAAGUUCACAGUCAUUUUAUUCCAUUUUCUUUUUAAUCCCAUUGAAAAAUAUAUAAUGAAAGUAAUAAAAAAAAAGUUGCUCUGUUGGAGGUUUUAAAUUAAUUUAUAUUCAUGACUCUUAAAAAUAUUACUUGCACUUAAUAGCAUCCUGCCCAAGUAAAAAACCUCGUUCUACCAUCAAAAUUAUAUACUUCUUCAAAAUUACUGUUUUCAAGUUAGGAGAAAUGUGAAAAACGGCAAUUCAAGGCUCUAUUUAUAAUCCUUGUUUAUAGAAAGGAUUUCCUCAAAUAACCUGAAUGGGCUGGAAAGAAAAAGAAAAAUAUGAAUAGGAACAGAAAUAGUACCCCAAGUUACAAAAUCUCCAAUACUGAAAGCUCUUGUGGGGUUGGAAUUAACCAUUUUAGAGAAACUGAGGAGAAAGAACAGUCACCAGAUGGGCUUUUGUUGGCUGAAGUCAAAACUUAUGCUCCAUCUUUUCAUCAGCAAUUCAGGAUCAAUUAUACUUUUAGCCAAGCAAUUAUGGUGAAUGGUCUCUCUUAGGUGGCUUAAAAUUAAAAGGCCACAGCUGUCUUUUUGAGAAGCAUGAGAAAUACAAAAAAAAAAAAAAAAAAAAAAAAGCAGAGAAGGAACAUGGUCUCCUACCCUGUUUUGCAUAGAAUUUAUUUUUGUCCAGAUAAGCUUUGUUAGUGGCGGUACAGAUAGUCUUGUUGAACAAUUUUCUUUCAUUUGUAUCCCACCCUUCAGUAUUUCCAUUCCCAGGAUGUCUUUUAUAUAUAAUGUUUAGACAAACAAUGUAACAAUGCAAUUAAAUGCAAUCAAACAAAAGGCAGCAGGGCAGCCAAUGGUUCACCAUUCAGCAGAUUAUUAUUUUUUUAAAAAGGAGUAUAUGCAAUAACACUUGUAAUGUAGCAGGUACUAUGGAGAUAAUGGGGUUAUAUAAAAUAUGGGUUACUGAAAAAGAUGCAGUAGAAAAGGUUAAUAAUAGGACCCACAGAGGGGAAGGUGGGAAGUCCAGAGAUUCAGAGGAAUCUUUAAAUGUGUAUGUAUAUGGCUGUAUUGUUAUAAUUUUAUACUUGUAAAAUCAAGUGUGUGUGUGUGUGUGUGUGUAUAGUUGGGGUUUUGUUCUGUUUUUAAAAUCACAAGAAAGAAGACACAAGGCAGGAAGCAAUUGUGGCAUUAGGUGUUUUCAGGUGUGCUAAACAUUUUUAGGUUAGUGUACCACACUUGGUACACUAUUUCAUACUAUAUGUUUUCUGAGAAGCAGCUGCAUGCACCAGAAAAGCUUUUCUUUCCCCACAUUUUCCAGAUAAGGCAGACAAGGUCAUAGAGCUAAAUUCUGCUGUGAAAUGUCCUAUUGAAUAUACACAAUUCAAGAGAAAUAUUUUGGUGUAGGAGUGCAUUGUUCUUAUGCAGUGGUACCAUGGUUUGCAUACGUCUUGGUUUACAUACGUUUUGGAUUACAAACAUGGCAAACCCAGAAGUGUGUGUCCUGGUUUGCAACCUUUUUUUGGAUUACAACCCAUUUUUUUUGGAUUAUGAACAAAAAAUUUUUGGGCGCCCCAUUGGGUUACAACCUGUUUUGGUUUACAAACGGACCUCCGGAACGGAUUAUGAUUGUAAACCAAGGUACCACUGUACUGGGACGAACGUCUUUGAACAUAUGAUCAGGUUUGAUAACUAGAGGAACAAAUUCAAAGCUUCAGCAAACUUCUUUAUUUCAACUUGAUUAAACUAUGCUUGUUGCCUUGCAGUCUCACUGUUAGGAAUCAAGAUGAAAGAGCAGCAUCACACGAACUCAGAACAGACGCUAUUCCAAACUGUGAAGAAAGGUAAGAACUAGCUGGGUAACAAAUCAGCACAGAAGACUAAUUUUUGUUUCUACGCUUGUGCCUAUCCAUCUAGGCUGCAUAAACAACAUGCAUUUAAAGCGUGUGCAUGCACACACAUGAAACAGUCCUGGGAACUGCAAUUUCUUAAGGGUGCUGGGAAGCUCUGUAAGGGAUAAACUACAGUUCCCAGGAUACUUGGGGUGGUGGUGAUGGAAAUGCCUGAUAUGUAUGCAGCCUUAGACUGCUACAACUGGAGGUGGCUGCCACACACAUAGCUACUUGCAUAGAACGCAUGUCCAUGCAACUCUGAUGAUCAUUUGCCUAUUUGCAGAAACAGGGAAGGCUAAUUCUAGCAUCUUUUUUUUUUAUCUUCCCCUUUAUUUUUCCAUAAAAUCUUAAGAGAAGUCAGUCGCCAUUGUCAUAUUUCCUAACAAUUUAAAACAUGGCAGAUAUAUGCCCUGGAAAUACAUGACAGGUUAUAGGGAUGUGCACAAGUCGCAAUGUAUGCCUUAUAUCUGCAGUUUUAGGGAACCUUAUCUGUUUGCAAGUAACUCUGUAAUUUGAGUUCUGAGCUGCUCUGUUUAAAACAACGUUCUGGGCUGUAUCCAAUGUCAGUCAUACUCCAAGUAAACCCUCUGAAAUUAAUGGAAAUGUCUAACUUAUGCCCAUUCUUUUCAAUUCUUUUCAAUCAGAAACAGAGUCUACUGUGAACAAGAUUUAUUUGGAGACAGCCCUCUGUUUCCCCAUUUAUUAUAAUGGGUAGAAUAAAAAUGAUAACUUUUCCAUGUUUUGAUGGAACAUGGAAAGUAGAUAAAAAUUUUCAGGCACUGGAGCCUUGCCAGAGUAGUUCAAAUGCACCAAUUUGCAGAAAAGGUCCAGGAGACUUGUAUGGGGAAGUAAAAGGGAUUAGUUUUCCUCCAUAAUCCCUUAUGUGGAGAACAGGGGCUUGUCUAUUACCUUACCUUAAUUAAGUGGUGGCUGAAUGAUUUGUCUUCCUAUUAGUACAUCUUUCAACACUUUGCAGCUUCACUCCAGCAUCUUUCUGGAUGUUAUUUGUGUUCUCCAAUAGGCUUUAAAAGCUUUUAUAGGUCUCCAAUAGGCGAAGAGCUCUCGGUUGUCAUUUAUGUUGUUUAAGCAGGACAACGUAAGCGUUUUUAAAAACUUAAAAUAAUGCUUAUUCCUUAAAAGUGUAUUCUAACAGAAAAAACCCUGUUUUAACAGAAAACAAUCCAGAGCUCCUCAGUGCUCUUCAGGCAGCAUUUUGGAUAGCCUCACUUCUUGAAAAGCUCCUGGACAUAGAGAAACAUAGAUAUUAUAGAAGAUCACGUAAGAGAUGUUAUAUAGGGACACAUAAGAGCCGUAACUUGUACAGAGUGAUAUGAGAUUUUGUGGGCACUCUGAUCUGCUCCUGAGGGAUUAUUGACAUUUAACUCAGGGUGAGGAAAGACCCUCCCAAAUCACCCCAAUUUGCCUCAUUAUUCAGCCCACACACAAGAGGUGAGGCACACCUGUAGCAGUCUAUGGCAUUGUUCUGUCCAGUAAUUAACACUGCUGCUGGCAUGCGUAAGAUGAAUUUAGCAAGUCAUCUACUCAAAUAGUAACUUGCCACACGGUAUAUUUUUAAUUGGCAAGUCAGCCGUCUGCAUCUUUAGCCGAGUGGUGAAAUUGUUGUUCCUCCACUUUCUUGGAUUUUCAGUUAGCUGUAGGGCAACAGCAAUAUUUUCUGCUCAGCACUCAGUAAGGCUGGUAUUGCAGCAUGCCAUAACAUGCAUUUAAUCUCCUGAUUUCUACAAAAUUAUCACCCACUAAAGUUCUCCUCUUGUACUGUUAACUUGGUAAUGCCCGGUCUCUAUUUUUCAUUCGUAUUACAGCUCAACUCCAACUCUUGAAGAAGUGAGUGCCUGGAGCCAGUCCUUUGACAAAUUGAUGAGAACGCCAGCAGGUAGAAACGCUUUCAGGGAGUUCCUUCGGACAGAAUUCAGCGAAGAAAAUAUGCUUUUCUGGUUGGCCUGCGAAGAUCUAAAGCAGGAAUCCAACAAGGCUAUCAUUCAAGAGAAAGCAAGACUAAUAUAUGAAGAUUAUAUUUCCAUUCUUUCUCCCAAAGAGGUUUGUAACCCUUUUCACACUAUUUUGUAGUUUACCUGAUUUCAAAAGGACUAAGCCAACAAUCUAAAAUGAAAGAUCUAUUUGAUGUUUCAAGAUGUUUCCAUUCAGGUAUGUAACUAGUGCAGUGUGGGGGGGUUUUUAAAAAACUGUUCUAUUCUCAUUUUAUAACAAGUUUUUCAGUUUGCUGAAAAUUUUGGGGGGCUCUUUUAGGGACAAAAGGUGGUCUUCUGAGAUGAAAGGAGCAAAAUUAUAGUGAGGGGUAAAAUGUGACAUUUGAAACUUUGCGAGUUGUAGGUCUAAAAUCUUAAACUGCCAAGGAAUAUAAUUAGUCUGGCAUUCCAAAAUUAGUCUGGCUGAAGCACUUUGAACAUACGAGGGUGUCUGACUGUGGGUAGGAGGCUCUUCUAGUCUCUGAUAGGUGCCUAUAUAUAGCCAAUAGGUUAUACUUAAACAUCUGAAGGCAGUCUUGUUCAGGGAAGUUUUUAGUGUGGUGUUGUAUUGUGUUUUUACUGUUUUUUGUUGGGAGCCACCCAGAGUGGCUGGGGCAACCCAGCAUAUAAAUUAUUUUAUUAUUUAUUAUUAUGGUGCAAGCCUACUUUAAAUCCAUCCUGUCAUUCUGCACAAGUUAAAUGUUUCUCCUUCAUCUGCAAAUAAUUUUAGUGUGUUUAUCAUUAGGUCAUUAGUGUACAUGCUAAUCAUUAGGUCAAUCUGCUGUGAGACAAUAAAAACACAGCGGAAAAGGCCUAUUUUUAUCAUUAUUUUUACUUUCCUUAGUUCUGUAACAGAAUGCCUACAUAGGUUUCAGUUCCACUACGGUCACAUUAACUCUUUCCCACAAUUUUCAAGAGAGAAGAUUAACAACUGCUCUUAACAGCUGUUUUCUUUAUUUACAGGUCAGCCUGGAUUCCAGAGUAAGGGAACUUAUCAACCGGAAUAUGCUGGAACCAUCGGAACAUAGCUUUGAUGAAGCACAACUCCAGAUUUAUAUGUUAAUGCUCAGAGACUCUUACCCUCGGUUUAUGAACUCUGCCAUAUAUAGGGACUUAGUUGAGUCUCUCUCUCAAAAAUCCGCUGAGUCGUAGAGUUUUAAUAUAUUUCACACCCAGUCAUCUAAAUAAACAAGGGAAAGUUGGGGC